UUCCUUGUGGCAGGCGAGGGGAGAGGCGGGGUGGGGAAGGCUUCCUGAGCACACGCCGGCCAGCUGGGACCUCCACAGCUGUCCCUGGAAGGAGUGCCGGAGGAAGCCCAUUGACUCACAGUACAAGGAGCGUCCAGUGGCAGCCUUGGAAGGAAGAGCCAGGCAGCAGGCAGGCAGGCAGCAGGCCAUGCAUGUCAGACACCUCUUCCAGGCCCUGGCAGCCUGGUGGCUCUCUGGGACUCUCUUGGCCAGCUGUGAGGACACCAAGACCAACGUGCCCCGACUCCGCCUGUCCUACAAAGAUCUCUUGACUGCUAACCGAUCGAGCGUGUUUUUUGGCCACCGGGGGUUCCCGGAUUUCCGCUCCCUGUACCUGGAUGAAUACCGUGAUCGGCUCUUCAUUGGUGGAAAAGACACACUGUACUCCCUGCGCCUGGAUCAGAGCAGCACAGAUGCCAAGGAGAUUUCCUGGCCACCUCUCCCUGGGCAGAAGGAGGAAUGUGUUCGGAAGGGGAAGGACCCAAUGACCGAAUGUGCCAACUACAUCCGCACUCUUCAUCCUUUCAACCGGACACACCUGCUUGCCUGUGGCACAGGGGCCUUCCAUCCAGUCUGCGCCUUCAUCUACGUGGGACACCGUGGGGAGCACAUGUUAAGCCUGGAUCCCACAAGUGUGGAGAAUGGGCGCGGCAAGUGUCCACAUGAACCCAACAGGGCAUUUGCAAGCACCUUUACAGGUGGAGAGCUGUAUACAGGUCUCACGGCAGACUUCCUGGGCCGGGACUCGGUGAUCUUCCGCAGCAUGGGGGCCCGCUCUGCUCUGCGCACUGAGAUGGAUCAGCAGCUGCUCAAUGACCCAAAGUUCGUGGCUGCCUACUUGAUCCCUGACAAUGAUGACCGGGACAAUGACAAGGUCUACUUCUUCUUCACCGAGAAGGUGGCAGAGUCGGAUGGCAAAGGCCGUGCCAUCUUUAGCCGCAUUGGGCGAGUCUGUGUGAACGAUGCAGGGGGCCAGAGAGUCCUGGUCAACAAGUGGAGCACCUUCAACAAAGCCCGGCUGGUGUGCUCUGUUCCUGGUCCUGAUGGGAUAGACACUUACUUUGAUGAUCUGGAGGACAUCUUCCUACUGUGGACCAAAGAUGGGAAGAGCCCAGAGAUCUAUGCUCUCUUCAGCACCAUCAGCAAUGUAUUCCAAGGCUUUGCCAUCUGUGUGUAUCGCAUGGCAGACAUCUGGGAGGUCUUCAAUGGGCCCUUUGCCCAUAAAGAUGGCCCUGAUCACCAGUGGGCUGCCUAUGAGGGCAAGGUGCCAUACCCCAGGCCUGGAGUUUGUCCCAGCAAGACCACCAACCAGCCCCGUCGGCAGUAUGGCACCACCAAGGACUACCCUGAUGAGGUGCUGCACUUUGCCCGUGCUCACCCUCUGAUGUACAAGCCUGUGUAUCCAGUGCACCGCCAGCCUGUGCUGGUGAAAACCAACCUGCAACACCGGCUGCAUCAGAUCGUAGUGGAUCGAGUGGAAGCAGAGGAUGGGCAGUAUGAUGUCAUGUUCCUGGGGACAGAUGCAGGCUCCAUUCUGAAGGUCAUAGCCCUGCAGAAGGGAAACUUUGCAGCUGCUGAAGAAGUCAUUCUGGAGGAGCUGCAGGUUUUUAAGGCUCCUACGCCCAUUACUGACAUGGAAAUCUCUGUCAAACGACAAAUGCUCUACGUGGGCUCCCGCCUAGGGGUGGCUCAGGUGAAGCUGCACCAGUGUGAGACCUAUGGCACAGCCUGUGCUGAGUGUUGCCUGGCACGAGACCCAUACUGUGCCUGGGAUGGUGUCUCCUGCACCCGCUACCAGCCAGCGGGCAAGCGCCGAUUCCGCCGCCAGGAUAUCCGUAACGGGAACCCCAUGCACCAGUGCCUGGAUCAGAACCUGACCCUGGAUGAUUUUGACAGUGCUGAGGAGAAGCUGGUCUAUGGGACAGAGCACAACAGCACCUUCCUGGAGUGUGUCCCCAAGUCACCCCAAGCAACUGUGCAGUGGUUCAUGCAGAGGCCCCAGGAUGAGCAAAGGGAUGAGGGUUUCUUGCAGGUGAAGACUGAUGAAAGGAUCCUGAAGACAGAGCAGGGGCUGCUGUUUCGGAAGCUGUACCGCCAGGACGCUGGCACCUACUACUGCAAGACUCUGGAGCACGGCUUCACCCAGACCAUCACCAAGAUUGCGCUGGAGGUGAUCGAGAGUGAGCAGCUGGAGCAUGUCUUCCAGCGAGAGGAUGAGCCAGUACGCCCGCCCUGCCUAGUGCCAGAGCCACGCCUGCCACAUGGGCAGAGGGCAUGGUUCAAGGACAUAAUGCACCUUAUUGGCUAUGCCAAUCUGCAGCGGAUAGAGGAGUACUGUGAGCGGGUGUGGUGCAGUGACCGGCAGCGCCGCAAGGGCAAACUCUCCAAGGGCAAAAACGCACUCGUCAUCCCAGACGCCACCAGAAAAGGAAGGAACAAGCAGCACAGUGAGAGGAACCGCAUGCCCAGGCAGGCUGUGGCCACAUAGAGUUUUUAGGGAAGGGGCGGGGGGUGGGACAUGGACUGGGGUGACCAGUGUGGAACAUCCCCUCCCUGUAAACGAGGAGCAGCCCACCCGGGAGUGGUGUCCAGGCUGUUCUGACAAUAGGACUCGCCAAGCCAGCAUGACUGGGCCUGGAGACAUCAGCCCCCAGAAGCCCAUGGCAACUGCUUGCCACCUUCAUCUCUAGCACCAAAGGCAGCUUGGGGAGCCUCCUCUGACCAUCGAGCAUGCAUUCCCCACUCUGCUCCACCAUGCCUCCUGCUUGGCAGCACCUUGUUUCCGACCUGGUUGUAGGUGCGUGGAAGGUCCUAGUGGUAUUCAUCACAACAAUGGGAAGUCCCUGGCUAUCUGAGCACAUCCCCCAAGAUAGAGGGCUUACCCUGAGAGACGUGAUGCUCAGGAGGAUGGUGGGGCAGAACAAAGCAAAAGGGACAGGUGGAAAAUGUGGUGGACAGUGCACGUGGGGCUGAGAGAGAAGCAGCAUUGUUUCUAAUGGACAGAGCAAUGGACUGGGACUCUGGUAACCUGUGUUCUCUACUGCUGGCCUCUUGGGUGACCUUGGGCAAGUCACUUCCCAUCUCUGUGCCUCAGUUUUCCCAUCUGUAAAAUGUGGAUAAUGCUCUUGACCUCUUUUGUAAAGUACUUUGAGACCUGCUGGUGGCAAGCAUUGUAUAAGAGUGCA